UACGGUCAGUGCUGCUCUUAGCAGAUCUGUAGACGGCAACUAACAACACACUACAUACGCUCAGAUAGCGGACUGCGCACAACAUUCAGAUAAAUACCGCCUUCGGCCUGUAUCACUACCGCCUUGCGAUCCAGCUGCAUGGGAAUCUUGGUGCGAGCACAAGUCGUCACUUUGUGGUUAAGUAGAAAAUAGUGCGUAUAAUGUUGCCGAUAGCUGCUACUUACCUCUUGGCGGCUCUCUUGGUACUAAUCUACAUUUGGUGUCGCUACACAUAUGGCUACUGGAAACGCAAUAAGAUACCCUAUAUGACGCCACUGCCACUAAUUGGCAAUAUGGGUGUAAUGUUUACAAUGAAGAAUAGCUUUUAUCUAUAUCUAUCUGACGUUUAUAAGGACGUUAAAAUGUCAAAGGCUGCGGCAGUCGGCAUCUAUAUACUUAAUCGGCCAGCGUUAGUGUUACGUGAACCAGAACUUAUAAAAUCCGUGCUAAUAAAGGAGUUCCUGAAGUUCGCCAAUCGGUCAGCCGGCUGUGAUCCACACAAUGAUCCCAUGGGUUGGAAUAAUCUAUUUUUUAUACGCAAUCCACAAUGGAAGGAUUUGAGAACGAAAAUAACGCCGGUUUUCACAACGGGAAAGAUCAAACAAAUGUAUCCACUAAUGUCUGAGAUCGGCACGGAAUUGGAAGCCCAUUUAAAUUCGUAUGCAAAGACUAACGACGCUUUCGUAACUGAAGUUAAAGAGGUGUGUGCACUCUUCACCACCGAUAUGAUUGCCACCAUCGCUUUUGGUGUGAAAGCCAACAGUCUUGUAAAUCCAAACGGCGAAUUUCGCACUCAAGGACGAAAAUUGCUCACCUUUACACUCCGUCGUGCCAUUGACUUCUUCAUCGCCUUUUUCGUUCCCAAGUGGGUCUCUACGCUGCGUAUUAAAAUUUUUACAACAGAGUUCAGUUCCUUUUUACGUGGCACCAUCAGUCAUGUUAUGGAGUUAAGAGAAAAGAGCAAAGCGACGCGCAACGACCUCAUCGAUGUGUUGGUGAGCCUUAAGGAAGAGGCAGUUGCGAAAGGCGAGUAUAAUGCUCAGUUACAGGAUAUGUUGACAGCACAAGCUGCCGUAUUUCUGUCAGCUGGUUUUGAGACGUCAUCUUCGACGAUGACAUUUACGCUAUACGAAUUAUCGAAACGACCUGAUUUACAAGAACGUCUACGCAAUGAGAUCUGUGAAGCUUUCGUAGCUGAACAGGGUAAAAUGUCAUAUGAGACUAUCAAUAAUCUACCAUAUCUGGGUAUGGUAGUGGACGAAGUAUUGCGUUUAUACCCAGUACUACCUUAUCUCGAUCGCGAGCAUCUGCCGAAAGAGGGGGAAAGGCAAUUCGAUCUUAAACCGUUUUACGAUUACACAGUGCCAGUAGGUAUGCCUGUUUACAUACCAAUCUUCGGCAUACAGCGUGACCCCGAGUUUUGGCCCAACCCGAACACCUUCGAUCCUGAACGCUUCAACGCUGAAAAUAAGAAAACCCAUAAGCCUAUGUCCUACCUUCCCUUCGGUACUGGACCACGUAACUGUAUUGGUAGUCGCAUCGGUUUGUUGCAGUCUAAGCUGGGUUUGGUGCAUAUUUUGAAGAAUCAUUAUGUGACCACAUGUGAGAAGACACCGUCCGAAAUCACUUUCGAUCCACUGUCCAUAGUUUUAAGUUAUAAAGAAGGCAUUUACUUGAAAUUUAUCAACGACAAACGCUAUGCACGCAAUGUUAAGCAGUGAAUGUUCGAAAUUCGAACUAAUUUCGAAAAAUAAUCGGUACAAUUAAAAAUGGUUUAACAUUUUUGCUUUAAUAAAAAUUAUUUAAAAUAACUUUAAAA